AUGUCACCGCAUUCAAAAAUGGAGUGGUCGCUUCUUUCAACAGGGGGCUCUGUGGCAGACUGGGCUCAAGCUCCAUGUGCGGCGGUUACCCCACUGCCUCAAAGAGCGCACCCGAAUAUGACAACUGGUGGCAAAGAUACUUUGACCCAUCUCGCAGAUGCCUUGCAGAUGCCCGUGAUACAGAUUAUUGACAAUCUUUCCAGGGAGCUGGCGGCCAGUGACAAUGCAAGGCCUUUCUUGCUCCAAGUGGCCGCAGUGCUGGCGCAAGAUCCAACAGCCCUGGCCUUAAGCCUGGAGGCUGCCAUUGCCAUGGCUGAGCUACAAGCAGCGAACGAAGAAGAGGUGGCGGCAGAGAGUAUGGCAGUGGCAGAGCAUGGAGUUGCGCCACUGGUGGAUGAAGAUGCAGCCACCAGGGACCUACCACCAGCAUGGGACAUUGAUGAGGAGGAAUGA